AUGAAAAGAGAUGGAAUAAAGUAUCUCUUUAACUUUAAUGGGAGUCUCCAUUAUGUGUGUAGUGUUAGCAAUAUUAAGAUUUCUUAUAACAGACUUAACUCUGGUUAUUUUAAACCCACCAGGCUUUUUAUUGAAAAGCUCCCCAAGGAUCCAGAAUAUAAGCUGUCUCAUAUUCCUGAGAAGAAGGAGACUUUAAGGGUAGUCUACUAAGCAACAGAGCAGCUGAAGAAACAUUUACUAAGGAGUGAUAAAGAAUAUGCUGAGUUCAUCAGCAAAAAGCGUGCAGAAGAGCAGGCACUGCAGCAGGAGUUGUCUCGGCAGCAUGAGCUGGAGAGGCGGUGUGUGGUAGACAUACAGAGGAGGAGUUCAGUUCAGCAGCAGUUCAGCAUGUUGGAGGAGAUGAUCCGGCAGAAGGAACAUCUGCACCCCACCCAAGACGACACCCUGCUCAUCCCUGGGAUCCAGGGUCCCCCUUUGCCCUACCUAGAGUCCCCUACUCCCCCUCAGAGUCCACAGUACCCCACGGCCAAUCACAGUGCUCUGUCAGCACCUCCGACCUUUGACCAUUGUCAAAUACUGUCAUACUCUACAUUGGUUGAUGGUUUACGGCAGAUCCCUGUUCCUGCUGAGCUUUGCGGCAAAUUUCUGCGAUUGGCCAAUAACAACACCGUAGGAGCAGAGGAAACCUGUGGGAUACUCUGUGGGAGACUGAACAGGAACUCAUUCACAGUGACACACGUGAUCGUGCCGAAGCAGUGUGGAGGUCCAGAUUACUGUGAUACAGAGAAUGAAGCGGAGCGGUUUCUGGUGCAGUUGUCAGGUGUUCAGUGAUACCGCAGGCCUCUUUCAAAAGCAUUCCACAAAUCCCACAAUGUCGGUUCCUUCGCUUCCUUCUUUAAUCCGGUAGAUCCGUAUAUUAUUUUACCAAGAUUUAUUUUCCAGAUAAUUGGUCCUUUCGUGUAUCAUUUUGUUUUGUUGUAUAAGAAAGCUUACAGUUUGCUCUGAGUGCUGCUGUUUUUCGUCUACCUCAACAAAUUGCAAA